AUUUCACUUCAUUUGUGAACAUUAGUUCUACGCAAAAGUUAUAUAGGAUCGUCAGGAUGGGUGUUGUUUUACUUUUCUGUUUAUUGGUCACUCUGACGGAAAUAUACGGAAGAAAAGAUUUACCGACAAACUUUCCGCGUUGUCGUAGAUCAGAUGAAAACCUCAGCAAGUGCAUCCUCCAGGCUAUGGAAAAAGCGCGACCAUUUCUUGUGAAGGGUAUACCAGAGAUUAAUUUACCACCGUUUGAUCCUUUGUACGUCGAGAGUGUGAACAUGGAUCAAGAAACACAAGCACUCAGUUUUAAAGCUAACCUGACCAAUGCGUUUGUGUAUGGUUUCACGAAUUAUGCCUGCCCCAGAUUCGAGUACAGAUCCCAAGUACCGACUUUGCAUUUCGCUACUAGGUGCUUUUUCAAGGAAGUGAAGCUAGUAUCAGACUAUGUUAUUGCAGGAAAAAUUUUUGGAUCUCGUAUAGAAGGAACAGGAAAUUUAACAGCAGUAUUUAGUGCUGGAGAUGCCAAUGUUACUGAAAUAGCGAAGAUUGUGAAAAAGAGAGGAGUAGAUUAUCUGAGAGUGCACGAAACGAAAAUUUCAAUAGGGGUACAAAGAAUAUCAGCACGUUUGGAUGGACUUUUCGAUGGAAAUAAAGAACUAGGAGAUACGAUGAACAAACUGAUAAACAACAACAUAGAUGAGAUUUUCAGGCAGGUGACACCAUUCUUCGAGGAACUUUUGACAAAUAUAGCAGAUAACUUGCUCUUGAGAGCUUUUACUCAAGUUCCAUAUGAUAAGUUGUUCCCAAAAUGAACUUGGUGAAUUUUUUCAAAAACUCCAUUGUCCAAUUUCAUGCAACGGUAUCUACCUAGGCACCCUUAGCACAAUAAGUAUGUCUAAUAUAUCUAAUAAAAAGAGGUGGAUUGAAAAAA